AUGCAGCCUCUCACCAUCGUCCGUCGUGCGCGCUGGCCUUGUUCCUUCCUGCCGAGUCGCCAACAAAGUACCUUCCUUAGUGCGUGGUCGUGGUCGUCUUCAGCCACUUGGAAGGCAAUAUUACUAAGUCAGGCAGGAGCAGCAGGCACGCCAACAGCAACAAAAGCAAGUUCUGCGACGGCAAUCACAGGCGAAGGCGGAACCCAACGCGCCUUCCACAGCGGCGCUACUGCUGCCAGAAUUAUGGUCCCCCCCCAUCGCCGUGUCACCGAUGACAGCCCCUCUGUACAUCGGUUAGCAGGGAUUGCUGGGCACUUGUCCGCCUCCUCGGCUUAUCGACCGUCUACUACUUAUUCCUCGCCCACCCCGUCAACAUCAACAGUCAACCGUCGUCUGCAUACCACAACUACCGCUUCAUCGCCCAAAAUGUCGUCACAGUCGGAUCACCCCACACUGCUCAUUCCGGGCCCCAUUGAGUUCGAUGAUGCCGUCCUCAACUCCAUGAGCCACUACAGCGAGAGCCAUGUCGGCCCGGCAUUUGUUUCCGUCUUCGGCGAAGUCCUCUCGGGCCUCCGCAAACUCUUCCAGUCCACCGACCCGGCCGCUCAGCCGUUUGUUAUCUCCGGCUCCGGCACCCUUGGCUGGGACAUUGUCGGUGCCAACCUGAUCGAGAAGGGUGAGGCCGCACUCGUCCUCGGCACCGGCUACUUCAGCGACGGCUUCGCCAACGCCCUCCGCACCUACGGCGCUGAUGUCACGGAGCUCAAGGCGCCCGUCGGCAGCCGCCCCCAGCUGCCCGACAUCGAGGCCGCCCUCAAGGCGAAGCAGUAUAAGCUGCUGACCGUCACGCACGUCGACACCUCCACCGGCGUCCUGAGCGAGCUCCGCAGCUUGUCCGAGCUCGUCCACCGCGUCUCGCCGGACACGCUCGUCAUUGUGGACGGCGUGUGCUCGGUCGCCUGCGAGGAAAUUGCCUUUGACGACUGGAAGCUGGACGGUGUCGUCACGGCCAGCCAGAAGGCCAUUGGCGUCCCCGCUGGGCUGUCCAUCUCCUUCUUCAGCGGCCGCGCCCUCCGGGCUGUGGAAAACCGCAAGACGCCGCCCGCCGCGUACUAUGCGUCGAUCCAAAACUGGCUGCCGAUUAUGCGAAACUACGAGGCCAAGAAGCCGUCCUACUUUGCGACGCCGUCCCCCCAGCUCGUUCACGCCCUCCACACCUCCCUGGGCCAAAUCCUCUCUGUGCCCCUGGCGGAGCGCUUCGCCAAGCACAAGGCGGCCUCGGACAAGAUCAAGGCCGCCAUCACCAGCCUGGGCCUGAAGCAGGUCGCCUCGAAGCCCGAGGACCAGGCGCACGCCAUGACCGCCAUCUACCUGCCGGAGUCGAUCCAGAUCGCGCAGAUCCUGCCCAGCCUGGGCAAGAAGAACGUUGUCUUUGCCGGCGGCAUCCACAAGGAAAUUGCCACCAAGUACAUUCGUUUUGGCCACAUGGGUGUCAGCAUUCUGGAGCCCGAGAGAGGCCACGUCGAGCGUGCGCUCAAGGCGCUCGAGGAGAGUUUGGCCGAGUUUGGUUACCAAAAAGCAUAG